AUGUCCAAACCACAGGUAUUAUUCAUAGGAGACCUAAAUGAAUCACUUGAUGAAUUCCAAGCAUUCAAACAGAAAUUCGAAAUAAUUCAUUACAAACUCACAACAAAGCAAGAUUUCAUCCAUUCAUUAACUACAAGAUUCCAAUCAAUCUCAGCGAUAUAUUGUGGAUGGGCAGGAUUCAUGCCAAUUGGAGGGUUAACUGAUGAUUUGAUCCAAUUAUUACCACAGACAUUGAAAGUCAUUACAUGUUGUUCAGUAGGUUAUGAUCCAUAUGAUGUUGAAUCUUUGAAAACCAAGGGGAUCUAUUUCUACAAUACACCUUCAUUAGGAGCAGAUCAUGUUGCAGAUUUAGUGUUAUGGCAUGUUUUGGAAUCGUUUAGGAAGUUUAGUACUUUCCAAAGGAUAACUAAUGAUAAGGGUGAUACUGUAAAGACAAGAGGUUCAUUACAAACUCAUGGAUAUGAUACAGAAAAGGGGGGAUUGGGAGUUGAUCAAGAUGAAUGGGAAAGGGAAACUUAUCCUUUUGGUCAUAUAUGUGGUGGGUUGAAAGUUAAAGGUCCUAGAGGUUCCAAAAUUGGAUUGAUUGGGUUUGGUAAAAUUGGACAAAAGAUUGGUAAAAGAUGUGAUGCCUUAGGUAUGAAUGUUUACUAUCACAAGAGACAACCUUUAGAUAAAUUAGAAGAAUUGAUAUUGGGGUAUAAAGUUGAGUAUUUAGAAUUAGAUGAAUUGUUGCAAAAUUGUGAAGUUAUUGUUAUAUGUUGUCCUGGUAAUAAAUCAACAAUGAAUUUAUUGAAUCGUGAAAGAUUAGAUUUGAUUCAAUCCAAUGGUAAAAUAAUUAAUGUUGGUAGAGGGUUUAUCAUUGAUGAAGAGUAUAUGAUUAGUAAAUUAGAGAAGGGAGAAUUAGGAUUCAUUGGUAUGGAUGUGUUCACUGGAGAACCCAAUAUCAAUCCUAGAUUGUUGAAUAGAAGUGAUGUUUCAUUGACACCACAUAUAGGGAGCUCCACAGAGGAUGUUUUCGAUAAUACGGCUAUAUUCAAUCUAAAGAAUAUCUACGAUGAGUUGAUCAUGGGUAAAGACGGUGAAUCCAGAGUUGUAUAG